AGAAGGCCAGGACAGCUCCCAGCUGGCAUUCAUUCCACUACUGGCAACAAUCUCCGGCUGGCAGAGAGGUGGCACCGAGCUGGAAACAUGUGCAGAAACUGCUAGAGGCCUGCCCGGCAGGUAAACGUUUGGUCCACGUGUUAGAGACACCAGGAAAGCAGUGCCCAGGGCCAUGGCAGCCUCCCGCCUGGACUUUGGGGAGGUGGAAACUUUCCUGGACAGGCAUCCAGAGUUGUUUGAAGAUUACUUGAUGCGGAAGGGGAAGCAGGAGCUGGUGGAGAAGUGGCUGCAGAGGCACAGUCGGGGUCAAGGGGCUUCGGGCCCCAGGCCUGCUCCGGCUGGCCCGGGCAGCUCGGCGCACAGCGGCGCCAGAGGCAGUGGCAGUGUUGGCUCUGCCAACAGCCAGCCCAUCCCCGGUGGUGGGGACAGUGGGGGCAGUCCUCUGAGUCCCAGCUGGGCCAGUGGUGGCCGCGGCGACGGCAACCUGCAGCGGAGGGCCUCCCAGAAAGAACUGAGGAAGAGUUUUGCCCGCUCCAAGGCCAUCCACGUGAACAGGACCUACGACGAACAGGUGACCUCCAGGGCCCAGGAGCCCCUGAGCAGUGUGCGGCGGAGGGCUCUCCUCCGGAAGGCCAGUUCCCUGCCUCCCACCACAGCCCACAUUCUCAGCGCCUUGCUGGAAUCGAGGGUGAAUCUGCCUCAGUAUCCCCCUACGGCCAUCGACUACAAGUGCCACCUCAAAAAGCAUAAUGAGCGUGAGUUCUUCCUGGAACUGGUCAAGGAUAUCUCCAAUGACCUUGACCUCACCAGCUUAAGCUACAAGAUCCUCAUCUUCGUCUGUCUCAUGGUGGACGCUGACCGUUGCUCUCUCUUCCUCGUGGAAGGAGCAGCUGCUGGCAAGAAGAGCUUGGUCUCCAAAUUCUUUGAUGUUCAUGCUGGAACCCCAUUGCUGCCUUGCAGCAGCACGGAGAACUCAAAUGAGGUGCAGGUCCCCUGGGGCAAAGGCAUCAUUGGCUACGUCGGGGAGCAUGGAGAAACCGUCAACAUUCCUGAUGCCUACCAGGAUCGAAGAUUCAAUGAUGAAAUUGACAAGCUCACGGGAUACAAGACAAAAUCACUAUUGUGCAUGCCUAUCCGAAGCAGUGAUGGGGAGAUUAUCGGUGUGGCCCAGGCUAUAAAUAAGAUUCCUGAAGGUGCUCCAUUUACUGAAGAUGACGAGAAAGUGAUGCAGAUGUAUCUUCCUUUUUGUGGAAUUGCCAUAUCCAAUGCCCAGCUCUUUGCUGCCUCAAGGAAAGAAUACGAAAGAAGCAGGGCUUUGCUAGAGGUGGUUAAUGACCUCUUUGAAGAACAGACUGACCUGGAGAAAAUUGUCAAGAAAAUAAUGCAUCGAGCACAAACUUUGUUGAAAUGUGAACGCUGUUCUGUUUUACUCCUAGAGGACAUUGAAUCACCAGUGGUGAAGUUUACUAAAUCCUUUGAAUUGCUGUCCCCAAAGUGCAGUGCUGAUGCUGAGAACAGCUUCAAGGAAAGCAUGGAGAAAUCAUCAUACUCUGACUGGCUGAUAAAUAACAGCAUCGCUGAGCUGGUUGCUUCCACAGGCCUCCCAGUGAACAUAAGCGAUGCCUACCAGGACCCACGCUUUGAUGCGGAGGCCGACCAGAUAUCUGGUUUUCACAUAAGAUCUGUUCUCUGCGUCCCCAUUUGGAAUAGCAACCACCAAAUAAUUGGUGUAGCUCAAGUGUUGAAUAGACUUGAUGGGAAACCUUUUGAUGAUGCAGAUCAACGACUUUUUGAGGCUUUUGUAAUCUUUUGUGGGCUUGGUAUUAACAACACAAUUAUGUAUGACCAAGUAAAAAAGUCCUGGGCCAAGCAGUCUGUGGCUCUUGAUGUGCUAUCGUACCAUGCCACAUGUUCAAAAGCAGAAGUUGACAAGUUCAAGGCAGCCAAUAUCCCUCUGGUGUCUGAGCUGGCCAUUGAUGACAUCCAUUUUGAUGACUUUUCCCUAGACGUUGAUGCCAUGAUCACAGCUGCUCUCCGGAUGUUCAUGGAGUUGGGGAUGGUACAGAAAUUUAAAAUCGACUAUGAGACACUGUGUAGGUGGCUUUUGACAGUGAGGAAAAACUAUCGGAUGGUUCUGUACCACAACUGGAGACACGCCUUCAACGUGUGCCAACUGAUGUUUGCCAUGCUAACCACGGCUGGGUUUCAAGAGAUCCUGACUGAGGUGGAAAUUUUAGCCGUGAUUGUGGGAUGCCUAUGUCAUGACCUUGACCACAGGGGAACCAACAAUGCCUUCCAAGCUAAGAGUGGCUCUGCGCUGGCCCAGCUCUAUGGGACCUCGGCUACCUUAGAACAUCACCAUUUCAACCAUGCUGUGAUGAUCCUUCAAAGUGAGGGUCAUAACAUCUUUGCUAAUUUGUCCUCCAAGGAAUACAGUGACCUUAUGCAGCUUUUGAAGCAGUCAAUAUUAGCAACAGACCUCACUCUGUACUUUGAGAGGAGAACUGAAUUCUUUGAACUUGUCAGUAAAGGAGAAUAUGAUUGGGACAUCAAAAACCAUCGUGAUAUAUUUCGAUCAAUGUUAAUGACAGCUUGUGACCUUGGAGCCGUGACCAAACCGUGGGAGAUCUCCAGACAGGUGGCUGAACUUGUGACUAGUGAGUUCUUCGAACAAGGAGAUCGAGAAAGAUCAGAACUUAAACUCACUCCUUCAGCUAUUUUUGACCGGAACCGGAAAGAUGAACUGCCUCGCUUGCAACUGGAGUGGAUUGAUAGCAUCUGCAUGCCCUUGUAUCAGGCGCUGGUAAAGGUCAAUGUGAAACUGAAGCCCAUGCUGGAUUCAGUGGCUGCAAACAGAAGGAAGUGGGAAGAGUUACACCAAAAAAGACAGCUGGUCUCCGCUGCCUCCCCUGCGCCAGCCAGCCUCCUGCUGGCUAGGGAGGACAGACAGUAAACCCUGGU